AACUUUUGUAAAUGUGCGUGAUGUGUGAUAUAGAAUUAUAGUAAAUAUAAGUAUAAAUACGUCGUACAUUUUCGCAGUGCGUCAUACUUAUUCAAGAUCCUCACUCACAACAGUUGACAAAAAUUAUUGUAUACACAUACUGCAAUCUUAUUAAUUACAACGCAAUAUAUUGUUCCACUGUUCAGUCAUUUAUUAUUUUAUUUAAAUACAUUUUUUUCAUCAUUAUUUAGAAUAACUCACAAUGUCGAGUCCAGACGAAUGCAAAUUGAAAGCCGGACAUCCACCAGCAGUAAAAGCCGGAGGUAUGAGAAUAACUCAGCACAAAACACCACGAGACGAACGUGAGGCUAAACCCAGCAAAGACUCUAUUGAAAGUAAACUAUCAAGCAGUCCUCCUAAAACAAUAAUGAUAAGCGGUGCUCCUGCAAAAGGUAACGCCGAUUUUCCUCCAGAAGCUAUUCAACAUUUUCAUGAAAAACCAACUCCAACUCAUGAUGCCAGAUCAGCUAAUUCUUCUAGACCCAUUGUUAUUCAACAGCCAAGAAAGUAAAUUGUAUAUAUUUAACUAUAAAAAUUGUUAAGUAUAACAAAAAAAAAAAAAAAAAACAGGUUUUGAUAAAAAGUACGAAAUCCAUUUUAUAAGGUGUUUUUAUAACAAAAGUCGCGUAAUUCAUAAUGCAUAUUAUAUUAAUGUAUUAUAACAUAUACUCUCAUAUUAAGGAUCACUCAAGUUCAUAUUCUUCAUUUUGUUAAAAACACUGCAAUUCAAUUAUCUACUAUUUUCUUAUGAUUAUAUUAGUAAUUAAUACUUUUAUUAUUUUCAUAAUUUGAAUUAAAUACUUUCAUUAUUAUCAUUAUUAUAGUGUUUUGAUAAAAUAAUAAUAAAUCCAAUAUAUAUAUAUAUAUAUAUAUUUUUGAAUAUGCUAAUAAUAAUAAUAAUAAUUUUGGGACCAUUUAAUAUGCAUUUUGUCAAUUUUUUUUUUUUUCUUUAAUAAUAAUAAUAAUACUAAAUGUAUAAUUUCCAUUAUCUUUAAUUAAUAUGAUAACUGUUUUCAUUUUUACAUGAUUUAUUCUGAAUUAGUCAUUGUUAUACAUUUGUUUUUUUUCGUUAUUGGUAAAUAUUAUACGAAAAAUUUAUUUUUUAAUAUAAAAAAUGAUAAUAAAUGUAUAUUUAA